UGAGAAACGGAUUGCUCUUCGACCGCUCUUUGGCCCUAAAGGAAUCUUGAUGCUGGAAGAGAAAUGCGUAGCGCCAUACUGGUGAUUUUGAUGCAUUAUAGUCGCUUUUCCCCCCCCAGUUUUCCAAAGCGGUAGUCGAGGGUUCUCCGAGAGCGGGGUGGAAGGAUCCUCGUGCGGUAGCUAGUUUGCAGACAUGGAUACUUCUGGGAAAGUUAUCAAAUGUAGGGCGGCUGUGGCUUGGGAAGUCGGCAAACCACUUUCUAUUGAAGAGGUGGAAGUUGCUCCACCAAGGUACCAUGAAGUUCGUGUUAAGAUAAUAGCCACAGGAAUAUGCGGGACAGAUGACCAUGUCCUGGCAGGUUCUUUCCCCAAAGUAGAGUAUCCUGUAAUUCCAGGCCAUGAAGGAGCUGGAAUAGUAGAGAGUGUUGGGCCAGGAGUGACAUGUGUAAAACCAGGAGACAAAGUGAUUCCUCUUUGUCUGCCCCAGUGUGGAGAAUGCAGCUCGUGUUUAAAAUCAAACACCAACUGUUGCUUGAAAACUCACAUCUGCGAACCACAAAAUCUGAUGCCUGACAAAACCAGUAGAUUCACCUGCAAAGGGAAGCAAGUUCAUCACUUCCUUUGGAUCAGCACUUUCUCUGAAUAUACAGUCAUGCCUGACUCUACAGUUGUUAAAAUUGAUAGUGCUGCACCUCUGGAUAAAGUCUGUCUUUUUGGCUGUGGAUUCUCUACUGGUUAUGGGGCUGCCCUCAAUACAGCCCAGGUUACACCUGGAUCCACCUGUGCUGUUUUUGGUUUGGGAGGAGUUGGUCUCUCUGUGGUCAUGGGAUGCAAAGCAGCUGGAGCAUCUCGUAUCAUUGGGAUUGACAUUAACAGAGACAAAUUUGAAAAGGCAAAAGAACUGGGAGCUACAGAAUGUCUUAACCCUCAAGAUUACAAGAAACCCAUUCAAGAAGUACUGCUGGAAAUGACUGGACAUGGUGUGGAUUAUGCCUUUGAGGUUGUUGGAUGUUUGGAGACAUUGACAGCUGCUUUGGCAUCUUGUCACAUGGGCUGUGGGAUCUGUGUGAUGGUUGGUGUGCCUCCCUUAGGUGCACAACUCUCCUUUGAUCCUAUGCUGCUUUUUACAGGACGCACCAUGAAAGGGAGUUUCAUUGGAGGCUGGAAGAUGAAAGAUUCAAUUCCUCAAUUGGUCUCCAGUUACAUGGAAGGCAAAUUUAAACCAGAUAUUCUGAUCACCCACAUUUUACCAUUCAGUGAUAUUGGAAAAGGAUUUGACUUGCUUCAUGCUGGGAAGAGCAUUCGUACUGUCUUGAUGUUUUAAGUUGCUCAACUUGCUGAAUCUGUCUGGAAGUCUUUAGCCUGGAACCACGAAGAAUACCCUUUUCCUUGGCUCUGUGCUUGUUCUGAAAAUACUGGCAAAAGAUGCUUCUAUUUUGUCUCACCGUGUGUUUAUGUUUAGAACGUAGCAUAAACUACAUGAUUUACAACAUGGAAAGUUGAUUUUACUUGCUCCAGAUGCUGAAAAAUUCCAAGUCAUGAUCUUAAUUCUAAAAUCGAAGAUUGUGCUUUUAUCACAGAACACAAUCCAGCAUUUCUAAGGCUCCAAAAUGGAAUAAAAUCAAUCAUACCUACAUAAAAUGAUAGGUGUGCGUUGGAAAACU